AAAUAAUAACUUUCUUGAAAACUUAAAAGAACAAUAAAUGAAAAGAUUUUCUGACGCGAUUCGCCAAAAUACCCUCCACACGAACUCCAAAUCGUCAGAAUAUGAUCUUCACUUGACGCCUCUCUCCCUCUCCCAUGGCCUCUCUCCCUCCCUCCUUUAGGCCAUCGUUUCUCCUUUUCUGAUUUUCCAUGAUCAGAAGAACCUUCGGCAACUCACAUCGUUAGGAAAAUCCCCAGCAUCCGGUAAUGGGUCGAUCCAAGUCCAAAAUCAGCCGUAAAAUCCGCCGCCGGCUGUCCAUCCUCCGCCGCUGCAUUCUCCGGCUAUGGAACCAAAUCCUCAUGUGCUCCAUCGGGAAACCGAUUAGGUACCGAAUGAUGUCUCUUCCCGCCGUUGUUCCCUCCGCUUCAUUGCCUCUUUCCUCUGCCGCCGCCGCCGGCGUAAUGGAGGAGGUAGCCCUCGUCAACCGUCCCCUGCCCUCCGCGGCGGCGAUUCUUCACAACAGCAGCAACGGCGUCCACCGUGUCGAUUCGGAUUUGGUUGCUUUGAAGAUUAGCCUCUUGGGUGACAGCAAUAUUGGGAAAACAAGCUUUUUGGCGAAGUACGUCGGCGAUGAGACGGAUGAAUGUGGAAGAAUCGAAGGAGGAGGAGAUGGGCUGAAUUUGAUGGGCAAAAUAUUGCAAGUUGGUGGCGCUCGGAUUUCCUACACUCUCUGGGAAGUUGAUAGUGGAGAUAAGUCGAGGGACCUGAUUCCGGCGGCUUGUAAAGAUUCCGUGGCAAUACUCAUCAUGUUCGACCUCACCAGUCGGGUCACUCUAAACGGGUCAGGCUAUAUUGUCUUCUAGUCAGUCAUUUGGCGAUGAUGAUCAUAGUUCUUUUGAUUUCAUUGUUCUUCUUGUAAAUUUGCAGAGUGAUGAGAUGGUAUCAAGAGGCACGGAAAUGGAAUCAGACGGCCAUACCAAUUUUGAUUGGAACAAAGUUCGACGAUUUCAUCCAGCUCCCCAUUGAUCUACAGUGGACAAUUGCCAGCCAGGCGAGAGCAUAUGCCAAGGCGCUGAACGCGACCCUGUUCUUCUCCAGUGCAACGUACAACAUCAAUGUGAACAAGAUCUUCAAGUUUAUAACAGCCAAGCUCUUUGAUCUGCCAUGGUCUGUGGAGCGAAACCUUAAUAUUGGAGAGCCUAUCAUUGAUUUCUGAAGUUUUGUAGCAGGAACUCGCUCGACAACCAACCCUUUUCAUAUUGCCGCCUCCUCGAUGGACAGUGAUGAGUGUCAACCGGUCACCGUAAGUUGUUCUGCUUCGGUGAUUCCUGGAGUUGUUUCUUCUUGGAACUGUGGUGGUGGUGGUGGUGGUGGCAGUGGCCUGGCGUGCGAUGCAGGUUGUGAUUUGUUACCUCCCAAAGUGUAGAGAAAACUCACUGUUCUUUUCCUUUUCCUCAUUUCUUCAUCAAAUCACUAGUUCCUUAAUCUUUGUUUCUUAAAAUUUUGUCCCUUCUGAGUAAUUUAUAGUUUCAUAGUACUCGGUCGGUUCAGUUCACACAUGUACAUGAUCCAGGAUCUUGGGGAAAAUAAUGCCAGCAAUAAUGAGAGAGGGGGUGUUUGGUGUAUGUUUCAGACUUGAUUCGAAAAAUUGCAGAAACUCAUUACUCAACACUCAACAGUCUAAAUGGAAGAGAGAGAUUUCUUAUUCUUAAAGCAGAAUCCAUGUGGUUGUAACAGCUGCUAAUCUUUAUAUCAUUAUUAUCCAAAGACGAAAGGGAAAGGUUACCAACUGUUUGAUACAAAGACAAAACAUUUUGCAGUAUCCACAAAGGCUACUGAAAACAAAGGAAAUGAACCUUGACAAUUCACAUCUCUGUCUGCAAAAAUGGAAAUGAAUUACAACUGGAAAGUGGCACCAGCACGCUUCUUCUUUACUCCAGCUUCACCUCUAUUUUUGGAGCAUCAAUCUGCAGGUAAGUGUACGGCUCUGUCGGUUCCUCUCCGGGUUUGGAGCGCAUGCAUUCCCAGAAGAGCUUAAAAGGUCCUGGCACUGUCUUGAAUGGAUUCCCCUCAAAACAAGCCUACAGAUUCAGAUUACAAUACAAACAAACAUACAUAAAUUUCUGGAAGGUUAAGAUUGCAGUUCACCCGUUAUUAACAAAAGCAACGAGUAAAACAAACAAGCGAACCAAACCUGCCUUCCUCAUUCCCGAAAAUAGCUAAAAUGUCAAGUACAACAGAAUUCUAGACCUUAAGCACGUGACUAAGAAUGUAAGAAACCAGCUGAAGAUCUUGAUCUACAACAUCUGAACGCCUAAGAAACAAGACUUUCCUUAGUUUCCUCAGGGGAAGAUCAGAUUUCUAACCAUCCAAUUGGCAAUUUCCAUCUUCAAGGACAUUGACAUACAAUCAAAACAAAAUCAAUAGGCUGAGCUUAAUGCCAUGGGUCAAAUCUAAACACUUCUAAUAGUCAGCAAACAGCAGAAUUCAGCGCAACAGUGACCUACAUUGUUGACUUGGAUGGAGCUUGUGGGAACUUCCAAGAUCAGCACAUGUGUAUCGUCCAAGGAGUCAAUCAAUAACAUUCAUCAGUGACCUAUUUUCAACAAAUUCUGAAAUCUUCCUUCAAUCAAUUGUGGACCUGCACAAGCUUGAAGCCAAUUUUAACUCGCACAAAUCCAAAAUUGUUCACUGCUACGUGAAAUUCCUUAGGCUUCCUGCCAAUCCCAAAACCCUAAACACCGAAGUCUCCAUAAACCCCUAAAUAAGCUAAAGAACAUGUAACUUCAUCAAAUGAGGAAGGGCAGUGAUAAUUCAAGCGAAAGCAACGAAGCUUAUGAAGUACACAAAACUCUGAAAUUCUGAAUUCCCUACUUCCAACGUUGAAAUGUUUACGCGAAGCUAAAGGAUCGAAGAACCUCUGAACCCGACGAGUUCACCACAAGAAGGAGACGAAAAUGAGGGGAAAGGCUGGAAUGUUCAAUUACUUGAAUAACGUCCUCGGCUCGAUCGUUGCAUCGAUGUGCCUUUGGCUGCUUGUGAUCUCCCUCCGACAUCCCCCAUGGGCUCUCCCUCCUCGGCACCGGCCUCGUCUCGCUCAUUUUCUCGGUGGUUUUUGGCGGAACCCUCUGUGCAUUCCAAUACGCAUAUUUGGCGUUGUGGAAAUGUUAUUUCCAAAGCUAGCAUUAGUCAAGGCCAGAAGUCAGAAGUCAGAACCC